UACCAGGAGUGUCAUAAUGACAGAAGUAUGACAGCACGGUCACAAUCUGUCAGUUCGUAUUUUCAAAACAGACCUGUAUCAUUUUGUUUCGUUUUCAUCUUAAAUUUUACAUUUAUUAACCUAAUCAAUUCAGUUGAUUGGAUCUAUUUGGACUGUAGACAGGUUUUAUUACCAGCCGGAAAAUAUUACCAUGAAUUUGGCAACAGUUUUCAAAAAUCGUCUGAUUUACUCUCAUUUACAAAGACCUGGAAUUGUAAAUGUUGCAAAAAUUUUCAGUUGUGGAUACUCGAAUUGCCCACCAAAAUCAUCAAAAAUCUAUGAAAAUAUUGCGGAAACUGUUGCCGAUAUACCUGACGGAGCAAAGUUACUUGUUGGUGGAUUUGGCUUGUGCGGAAUUCCAGAGAAAUUGAUAGCUGCUUUACUAGCAAAAGGAUCGUCGAAAUUGACUGUUGUAUCGAAUAAUGCAGGCGUUGACAACUUCGGACUUGGGCUGCUACUCAAAGAGAAGCGCAUAAAGCGAAUGAUAUCGUCUUACGUUGGCGAAAAUGCCGAAUUCGAAAGUCAAUAUCUGUCCGGACAGCUCGAGUUGGAGUUCACACCUCAAGGCACUCUGGCUGAACGUAUUCGUGCUGGUGGUGCAGGAAUUCCAGCAUUUUUCACUCCGACAGGUUAUGGAACACUCAUCCAAGAAGGUGGUGCACCGAUCAAAUACAAUUCGAAGGACAAAACCGUUGAAGUAGCUAGUUCGCCAAAACAGGUGCAACAAUUUAACGGACUGCCGUACAUAAUGGAGGAAGGAAUUGUCGGUGAUUUUGCAUUGGUAAAGGCACAAAAAGCUGACGAAAUGGGAAAUCUAAUUUUCAACAAAUCGGCACGCAACUUUAACUCAGCAAUGUGCCGUGCGGCUAAAUGCACCAUCGCCGAGGUAGAAGAAAUCGUUCCAGUCGGCUCAUUAAAUCCAGAUCAGAUACAUGUGCCGGGCAUAUUCGUGCACCGUCUAUUCAAAGGAUCGCAAUACGAGAAGCGUAUUGAACGACUGAAAACUCGAAGUGAAAGUGCCAAAGAUUCGAUCGUAGGAAAUACUCCAGCGGCAAAGUUACGAGAGCGUAUCGCCCGUCGAGUGGCACUGGAAUUUAAAGAUGGCAUGUUCGCCAAUUUAGGAAUUGGCAUUCCUAAUCUGUCUGCUAAUUAUAUCAAGGGUAUCAAUGUCAUGUUACAGUCGGAAAAUGGAAUACUCGGCCUGGGUCCGUUCCCGUAUAAGAAUGAUGUCGAUCCAGAUCUAAUAAACGCGGGAAAAGAAACGGUCACGGUUGUACCAGGUGCAUCCUAUUUUGGGUCGGAUGAAAGUUUUGCUAUGAUUCGUGGCGGUCACAUUGAUGUCACAGUGCUGGGCGCUAUGGAAGUGUCGCAGUUCGGAGAUUUAGCUAACUGGAUGAUUCCGGGUAAACUGGUCAAAGGUAUGGGCGGUGCGAUGGAUUUAGUAUCAGCGCCAGGCACAAAAGUCAUUGUAACAAUGGAACACAAUGCCAAGGACGGCUCCCAUAAGAUAUUAUCGAAAUGCAGUUUGCCGUUGACGGGAAAAGGAUGUGUGGACAUGAUAAUAACGGAAAAGGCCGUAUUCGACGUUGAUAAAGAGAGUGGUUUGACACUGCUGGAAAUCGGCGAAGACGUAACCAUCGAAGAAAUCAUCACAAGUACUGGAUGUGAAUUCGAGGUUUCGCCGGAUCUGAAAAAGAUGGGACAGAUCGAUGUGUGAUGAACGUAGCAUCAUCAUCACUAUUAUCAUCAGCACCGUAAUGUGACUCAAGAAGUCGAGAGACUCUGUAUGAAAAUUUGUUUCCUUUGUUUACGAAAAGAUGUUUAUAAACUGGUACAACGCAUGUGUAUAUGUCUAUCAUGUACUCUAUUAUGUAAAUACAAAAUUGCAUUUAUUAACGUA